UCGGCUCCGUUCCGAACCGUGUUCGCGUCGCUGUCGCUGCAUAUGACCGACCGGCUUCGGUUCCUGCAGUUUCCGCAGGAGAUCAUCACGGCGGUUCAGAAUAUCAUUACGAACGUCUGGAGUCGUGGGAUCCAGGAUACGAGGCUAUAUCAUGGUUCUUAUGAGAUCAAACUCCGCGGUAAUCCAUGUAAGCGGAGCGGAUAUUCGGAUGACGCCGUUCACUCUCGGCGGCUGAUGAACCAUAUCCUUGCGACGCUGUAUCAGCACGGCUGGAUCCUGUCCCUGUCGACGGACAUCAGCAAGAAGGCGAUGGACAAGGACACUUUGAUCUUCCGCAAGCAGGAUCCGCCUCCUCGACCAGCGGAGUGGUUUAGCAUCUCGUUCUCGAAAACCGAUCGGAUCCGGUUCAUCGAUGCACCGCAGCAGUUGGUCUCGAACAUGAUCGCGCUCUUCCAGAAGGAGACCCAAUCUCAUGCGUCGUUCCGGUUGCCGCAUGUUUAUGAGUUGAAGAUGAACGGUUACCCAUGGAUGGCUAGCGGAUCAGACACCAUGUAUGCACGGAGCUUGAUCCUGAAGCUGAUUGAGGGACUGGAAUCACAUGGCUUCACGGUGUAUGCGAGUAUCGACCAGAAGACUGGAACGAGUUCAGAUAACCAUAGGGGCGAGACGGACACGUUUCACUGUUGCAGGCAGAUUGGCUGGCAGCCGGGGCUUCCAGUAUUCCAU